CAACAACUAACACCAACACAUAUACCAUUUUGCCGGAAUUAUUAUUUGUCAAAGAUUGGCUGGCAAAGCAUUACCACAACUCACAAGUUCACUGUCAUCUGUCAUAAUACUCAUAAUCAAUACUCCUAUAAUAACAACAACAACUAAUUCAAAAAAACUAAUAAUCAAAAAUAUCAAUUUAUAAAUUAAUUAACACAAAUUUAAAUAAUAUUAAAGUGUAUUUAAAUAAUAUACAGGCAUAAAAAAAAAGGUUCAAACAAUGGCGAUGGGAAAGGGCUUUAGAGUAUAUGAAAAAUUAAAACCACCAAGUCCACAUUCAUUAAUUUUGGAGCACAGAAAUUGUAAAGAUACUGUUUUAUUUGAAUCACAAGCAGUUGCUGUACUAUCACCACAAGAAACAGAGUCAUUGAAGAUUCAAUAUACAAAAUUGCUAGAUGCAUAUGGUUGUCUUGGUGUAUUACAAUUAAAUGCUGGUGAAAAUACAUUGUUAUAUUUGGUAUUGGUAACUGGUUGUUUUUCAGUUGGUAAAAUUGGUGAAUCCGAAAUAUUUCGUAUAACACAAACAAAUUUUGUUGCACUUCAUUAUGUACAAGGUAACAGUGAAGAUCGUGUAUCAGAAGUACGUAAAGUAUUAAAUUCUGGUACAUUUUAUUUUUCAUGGUCAUCUGGACAACAAGAUACACUUGAUAUAACAUUAAGUGUACAAAGACGUUAUAAAUCAACAAUAACAGAUAAUAGAUUUUUUUGGAAUCGUAUGUUACACAUACAUUUUUUACGUUAUGGUGUUAAUACAAAUCAAUGGUUAUUAAAAGCAAUGUGUGGAAGUGUUGAAAUAAGAACAGUAUAUGUUGGUCAUCGUCAAGCAAGAGCUGUUGUUGUAUCACGUUUAAGUUGUGAACGUGCUGGUACACGUUUUAAUGUACGUGGAUCAAAUGACGAUGGUAAUGUUGCUAAUUUUGUUGAAACAGAACAAAUAAUAUAUCUUGAUAAUGAAGUAACAUCAUACAUACAAACACGUGGUUCAGUACCAUUAUUUUGGGAACAACCUGGUGUACAAGUUGGCUCACAUAAAGUUAAAAUAUCACGUGGUUUUGAGACAGCAUCACCUGUCUUUGAUCGUCAUUUAUCAAUGAUUAAAAAACUAUAUGGACAACAAGUUAUUGUAAAUUUACUUGGUUCAAGUUUAAUUGGUAGUAAAGAGGGUGAAGCAAUGUUGAGUCAAAUGUUUCAAAGUCAUCAUAGUCUAUCAAAACAUCAAAAUGUACCACAUAUAUUAUUUGAUUAUCAUCAAGAAUGUCGUGGUGGUAAUACAAAAAAUUUAAUUAAAUUAAAAAAUAAAGUUGAUAAUUAUAUGGAUACAUUUGGUUUAUUUUAUGCUGUUGGUAAAAAUGUUAUUAAUGAACAAAUUGGUACAAUAAGAACAAAUUGUCUUGAUUGUCUUGAUCGUACAAAUUGUGUACAAACAUUUUUUGCACUUGAUAUAUUAUCUAAACAAUUGACAUUAUUAAAAUUAUAUGAUAAACAACAAAUGGUAUCACGUUUUGAAGAAGUAUUUCGUCAAAUGUGGAUUAAUAAUGGUAAUGAAGUUAGUAAAAUAUAUGCUGGUACUGGUGCAAUACAAGGUAGUUCAAAAUUAAUGGAUGGUGCUAGAUCAGCAGCACGUACAAUACAAAAUAAUUUAUUAGAUUCAAGUAAACAAGAAGCAAUUGAUAUAUUAUUACUUGGUUCAACAUUAAAUACUGAAUUAGCUGAUCGUGCUAGAUUAUUAUUACCAUCAAAUAUGUUACAUGCACCACCAAGUGUAUUACGUGAAAUGUGUAAACGUUAUAAUGAAUAUGUUGUACCAAAAAAUUUACGUAUUGGUAUUGGUACAUAUAAUGUUAAUGGUGGUAAACAUUUUCGUAGUGUUGUUUAUCGUGAUGUAUCAUUAGCUGAUUGGUUACUUGAUGCACCAUUAAAUGCAACACAAGAAGGAGAAGAAUUUAAUAAUUUACCAGUUGAUAUUUAUGCUAUUGGUUUUGAAGAAAUUGUUGAUUUAAAUGCUAGUAAUAUUAUGGCUGCAAGUACUGAUAAUGCACGUGCAUGGGCUGAUGAAUUACAAAAAAUAUUAUCACGUGAUAAUCAAUAUGUACUUGUGACAUAUCAACAAUUAGUUGGUGUUUGUUUAUAUUUAUUUAUACGUCCUGAACAUGUUGAACAUUUACGUGAUGUUGCUGUUGAUUGUGUUAAAACUGGUCUUGGUGGUGCAACUGGUAAUAAAGGUGCUGCAGCAAUACGUUGUGUUUUAUAUUCAACAUCAUUUUGUUUUGUAUGUGCACAUUUUGCUGCUGGACAAUCACAAGUUAAUGAAAGAAAUGCUGAUUAUGCUGAAAUAACAAGAAAAUUAUCAUUUCCAAUGGGUAGAACAUUAAAUACACAUGAUUAUGUUUUUUGGUGUGGUGAUUUUAAUUAUCGUGUUGAUUUUGAUAAAGAUGAUAUGAAAGAUAUGAUAAAACGUAAUGAAAUAAAUGAAAUAUUAAAAUAUGAUCAAUUAUUAGUACAACAAGAACAAGGAAAUGUAUUUAAAAAUUUUAUUGAAGGACCGAUAACAUUUCCACCAACUUAUAAAUAUGAUUUAUUUUCUGAUGAUUAUGAUACUAGUGAAAAAUGUCGUCAACCAGCAUGGACAGAUAGAGUAUUAUGGAAACGUAGAAAACAAAUACCAGGUAUUGAUUCAGUUAGUGAUUGGAAUCCUGGUAAUUUAGCAUAUUAUGGAAGAGCUGAAUUAAAACAAAGUGAUCAUAGACCAGUUAUUGCAUUUAUUGAUAUUGAUGUACAUGUUGUUGAUAAUGAAAAACGUCAAAUUGUAUUUAAAGAAGUUAUACAAGAUCUUGGACCACCAGAUGGUACAAUUGUUGUUAAAUUAAUCAAUAAUACAAAUACAAAUAAUAAUAAUGAUGUUAAUAAUGAUAAUAAUGAUGAUAUGGAUAGUAUGUUUGAUGAUAAUUUUAUGCAUGCAUUAUUACAAGAAUUAUCACAUAUUGGUGAAGUUAUACUUGUUAGAUUUGUUGGUGAAACAAUAUGGGUUACAUUUAGAGAUGGUCAAUGUGCAUUAUCAGCAGCUAAAAAAUCAAUGACACAAGUAUGUGGUCAAAAUUUAAAAUUAUCAUUAAAAUCACCAAAUUGGAUUGAAUUAAUUGAAAAAGAAAUUGAAAUAUGUAGUAAUACACCACCACCACCAGCAUCAUCAUUAUUAUCAUUAUUAAAAUUUGAUCAAUUAGAAAUAAAUAAUGAUAGUGGUGUAAGUUCAUCUGGUAGAUCAAGUCCAAGUGAUGGUAGUAUACGACCACCACGUCCAACACCACCAGCAAGACCAACACAACCACCAAAAAGUCCAGCAAGAGAACGACGUCCAGUACCACCACGUGCUGGUGUUAUAUCUGUUAUGCCAAAUCAAUUUAAUCAAUUUAAUUUAUCAUCAGCAUCAUCAUCUACUACAACACCUUCAUCAUCACAAAUAUUUUCAUCAUCUUCUUCUUCAAUUAGUACUGCUACUUCUACUUCUAAUAUGACUAGUAAUACACAAGAUGAUGAUGAUGAUAAUAUUGCUAGAGAAAGUGAAAGACUAUCACCAGAAUCAGCAAUUUAUGAAGAAAUAUUAGAUGAAACACCGAGUUAUCCAGUUCCAAAUAGACCACCACCACCAUUACCACGUUCAGCAAAUGAACAAUCUGAUACAUCAAAACAAUAUCAAAGUUGUUGUUCAACACCACCACCAUUACCACAACGUCAAAUACCACUUGGACAACCACCACAACAUCCACCACCAAAUUUUCCACCACCACCAGUACCAGCUAGAACAACUGGUGGUCCACCAAUACCAACAAGAAAUCAACAAUAAUUUUAUUUAAUUUAACUCAAGGAAUAGUUGUAUUUUUUAGUUUUUUUUUUUUUUUUUAUUUAAAUAUGCUGCUUCAGUAUAUUUUAAUUUGCAUUUUUUUUUCUUUUUUUAAUGUGUAGUAAUUUUUUCGAAAUUUUAGAUAAAAUUAGAUUUAUUUAUAUGAAAGAAAUAGUUUUAAAAAUAUUAAAUGCCUAAUAAACAGUAUUUGCAUAUUUUAUCAAAAUGUUAAAUUAUUGUUGACCAAUUAUGAGAUUAAUUGAAAAAAAUAUGCAUGUAUGUUGAAAAAUAAUAAAAAUAUAAUUAAUUUAGUUAAUUAAACAGCAAAAAAAAUAAUAACAAUUUUAUUCAGCUUGUUGUCUGUAUAAUAGAAUUUCUGUAAAUAAUUAUUGUGCAAAAUUAGAGUUGAUAAUUAUUUAGAAAAAAAAAAAAUAUAUUUAUGAAUUGUGCACCGAAAAAUUUAUUGAACAAUGAAUUAGAAAAUUACUGUUGAAUAAUAAAAUUAACAAAUAUUUAUCAUUAGAAAAUAUUAAAUUGUCUUUUUAUUUAUUUAUACAAUCUUUAAAAAAAUUAUUUAUUACAAAAUUUAAAAAAUUAUUAAGAUAAUUUUUUAAGUUUAAUUUAUUGUCAUCAAACAAAAUUUCUUACAGCUAAAAAAAAAAAAAAAAAACGAUAAAUUAUUUCGUAAAAAUUCUUUAAUAAAACACUUUUUUUUUUUGUUUAUUUGUGUUUGACGAUGAUAAAUAAUAAAUGUUAGAAAAAUUAAUAUUAAAAAAUACAUGGUAUGUCGAUUUGAAAUUUCAUU